UAUCUGUCAAAAUUUACAAGUAUUUUGUGUCUUUACAAAAAGCACAUGAACAUGAUUGCAUCAUCUAUAAAACCACAAUCCCAUGUCUCUGUGUCCGUUGACGUCAUAAAGCGUGUCUCUCAUCCACGAGACAUUGCUUAGAAACUUUGGAAAAUUCACAUUUUUCGCUAUCAGUGUGUUUCGGGCGGCGGUCGAGUGCGCGCGUAAAAUUUAAACAUGGCGAAUUUAGCCGUAUUUGAUUUCGAUCGUACAAUUGUUGAUGAUGACUCGGACGCGACAAUAAUAAAUAGAUUGAGGGAAAAGAAGCCGCCGCCUGAGUGGGAAGCUGGGAACCACGACUGGACUCCAUACAUGAGCGAUGUAUUCGAACACGCGUACUCAGCAGGUCUCAGCCAGGAGGACAUCCUGGACAGCAUAGCGUCCAUGCGGCCGACUCCAGGAGUCGAGAAGCUGAUCACCUCCCUAGCAGCUGAAGGAUGGGACAUAGUGCUGAUCACUGAUGCGAACACAGUCUUUGUUCAGCAUUGGCUGAAGGUCCAUGGGUUACUGAAUAAAAUAACAAAAAUUAUAACGAACAGAGCGUUCUGGCAAGGAGACCGUCUCUUCAUCGAGCCGUGUAUGCGGCAGACGAGUUGUCCCCGGUGUCCCAGCAACCUGUGCAAGUCGCGCGCGCUGGCGGAGUGGUGCGGAGGACACUCGUAUGUCAGGAUCGUGUACUGCGGCGAUGGGAGGAAUGAUUUCUGUCCUGCUACCUUCUUGCCGGCUAAUGCAAUAGUCUUCCCCCGCCGUGGCUACCCGCUAGAUGACCUGAUCAAGAAGACCAUGGCUUCUUCAGCUCCUCAAGUCAAGGCGAGGGUCGUUCCCUGGACGGAUUGUCACUCCAUCCUGCAGACUAUCUUCCCUGGACAGUAUGUGGAGACAAACGCAGUUACAACGCAACAAAUGUGAUAUUAUUUCUUAAGGUUUUAUUUAUAGAGGGCGCUGAGGUCGGAUUAAAGCCAGUGAUAGGAUUGGUAGUGCUUAUUAGCCUAAACUUUGACGAACAGAGAAAAGAAACGGAGACUUCCUUAGUACUAUAUUUUUUUUCAGGGACAACACUUAAAUACAUUAAAAGAUUAUGUUGUUUGGAAUUAGUUCGUGUUGUUUAUCUAAAGUUUGCGAAUAGACAUAAC